ACGAGUGUCUUGGAGGGAGAUGAUGCGCUUAUCAAUUACUACGGAGGCUCGUAUGGAUCUAUUAUUGGACAGUAUCUGGUCAAUAUGUUCCCCGACCGCGUAGGAAAGGUCGCCAUCAACGGUAUUGUCGACAGCGUCGCGUGGGCUAAUCAGCCGAUGUACAAGUCCUACCGGCAGUGGUUGUCCUCGACCGAGGAUGCGUACGACUGGUUCACAACAGAAUGCACUAAGGCAGGGCUGAAGGAUUGCGCUCUCGCAGAAGAAGCCUGUAUGAGCGGCCUCUGACUGUUGCACACCGGACAGCUUGGGGUAUUGUCACCUCCUAAUGGCCAGAAGAGAGGCGCUCUUCUUCCCUGUACAGCGCCGUGGCUGACUUCUCUGUGGUAGCAUUCAUGUUCCGAAUGCUACAACAACCUCUCCUCUGGCCCACCGCAGGAUCAGCACUCAAGGAAGCCAUAGACGGCAACGGUCACCCGUUGUUGUUACUUCACGCCGCUGGAACACGAGUUGCGGACCUGGAACGACAAGCUGUCUCGUGCAACGACGCACCCAAGCCUCCUCUCUACGUGCCACCCACGAACGAACAGCUCGUUGACGAGAUCCUGGGAGUCUCCAAGGAAGUCACCCGGUUUGCCUUCAGCGUCCUCACAACCGAGCCUGAUGCCCAGUGUCACUAUUGGCCCGUGACUCCCCCUGAACGAUUCACAGGGCCAUGGAACCACACUCUACGGAACCCGACACUAGUGCUAAGCAAUACGGCCGAUCCCGUUACGCCUAUCGCCAGCGCUCGACUAGUCAAGGAGCUCCUCGGAGACUCUGCAGCGCUCCUACUACAGAAUGGGCCGGGACAUGUGACGAGCUCUGUCCCGACGUUGUGCACUAUUAACAAGAUUCGGGCGUAUUUCACUGAUGGUGUCAUUCCGGACGAGAACGAGAUAUGCCAGUUAGAUGAGGCUCUUUUCCCGGGAAGCGAGCAUCAGCUGGGAAAAUAUACGGAGGAUGAGAGGACAAAACUCGAAGCUGCUGAGACACUGCAUGCGCUGAUGAUGGACUCGGAUCUGUCUGCCUUCCAGCAGGCCUAA